AUGGCACCAAAACCAAUCUUAGUCAAAACAACUGAGCCUAGCAAAAGCAUUUUGUUUACACCCAGUAGGGUUGUAAGUAGACCAGAUAAUUUGGAAGGUGGUGAAGAAACUGAGAUCGCUGCUCAAAUAUCUGUACCUCAAGAUGGUGGUUGGGGUUGGGUUGUUCUGGCUUCGGCAUUUAUAUCUAUUUUUAUAUUGGAUGGAGUUGCUUUUACUUUUGGGAGCUUACUAAAUGAUAUGUCCUUAGACCUCAAGAUAACUACAUCCCUAUUGCCGUUGGUGAAUUCAAUUUCCGUAGCCAUUUAUUUUAUUGCGGGGCCUUUAGCCUCUGCGUUUAUAAAUCGAUUCGGUUUUAGAGCCUGUAUAAUGUCCGGAUCAAUUAUUAGUGCGUUUUCCUUACUAACAUCAUAUUUUUCAACAAAUUUUACAUCACUUUGUGUUUUUUAUGGAUGUUUUGCUGGUUUUGGAUACUGUCUUAUAAAUAUGGCCGCAUGCCUUAUUGUUGGAUUUUACUUCGAAAAACUCAGAUCACUAGCGCUAGCCAUUGCUACAACUGGAUCAAGUUUUGGUGUAAUGAUUAUGUCACCAGUGAACACGUAUUUAUCUAAUUUGGCAGGCUGGCGCACAACCACAUUAUUUCAUUCAGGACUGUUUGGACUUAUAUUUUUUAUUGGAAUGACUUUUCAACCCCUUCUUUCUUUAACUGUUAUGAAGACUACAGACGAUCCAACGCGAACUGUUACUUAUUUACCUAAUUUAUCAACAGCGGGCUUAAAGUCGCAUACAAAGUCAAAAACAGAAGGCUUGGUGCCAACUGCAACAGAACGAUUGUUUGGCGCUGCUUCUAACUUGAACUUUCCAACUGCUGCCGCUGUUGUAGAUGACAGCGUGCAUGGAACAACUUCUCAACCUGGGCCAUCUACGGCAGCAGUGUCUAAAUUAACUUUGACCGCAAAUACACCGCAAGCUGGUAUAAGUCCAAGGCAACUAAAGCAAGUACAAUCGAUUAUAUCAAAACCGAACCUUAAUGAUAAGAACAAAAAGGCAGUAGAAUUAACUGUUAAUAUUGAGUCAUCAAAGACGACAGGUUGCUGUGGACGAUUAUGUCAAUGGGAUGAACAUAUUCCACAGUCAAGACCGAUGUAUAGAGAUGAUGCGUUUUAUGAAGGAAAAUUAGAAAAAUUGCCUGCUUAUCAGAAAAGUAUGCUUGAAACUCCAACAGAAGGAAAAACAGGACUUGAAUAUCAAUUGGCUGUGUCAAGGGCGGCAACUGCUGUUGACUUACGUGAACGCAGAGGUGUUUUUACAACUGCCGCGAGGCGGGUUUUAGCCACUAUGAUGGGACCAAAAUUGUUGAAAAAGAAGUCAUUUUUAUGUUUAUGCAUGGCAGGUUUAUUAGUGUAUGUUGGAUUUUUAGUUCCAUAUGUUUAUAUUCAAAUGAGAAAUGAAAUGGAAGGUAUACCCGCCAAAGACUGUUCCUUAUUUGUUAGUGUGAUUGGACUUUCCAAUGCUGCUGGGAGAAUCAUAUUGGGUGCAAUAGCUUGUAAGAUGGAACCCGUAAAUUUAUUUAGUAUAUCGAUGUUGAUUGCCGGUGCUAGUACGAUUUUAUCAAAUUUUUCUUUCACUUUAUAUGCUCAAUAUUUGUAUUGCUUUCUUUUUGGAUUUUUUAUUUCAUGUAUGGCAUCUUUACGUAGCACAAUAAUUGUAUCCAUAUAUGGAUUGGAUAACUUAACAAAUGCCACAGGAAUAAUGUUAUUGUUUCAAGGCUUAGGUAGUUUAUUUAGUACACCACUUGCAGGGGUGUUAAAAGAUUUUUUUGGUUUUUCUGCUGCCUUUAUUAACGCGGGUGCAUUUAUAAUAUUAGGUGGACUGAUAAUCUUACCAAUUAAAAAAUUCGCACGUGAAGAGCGUGACAAAGAAACAAAUACAUCCCGAAAUAAAUAAUGAUUAGCAAAAUAGAUUGUUUACUAUAUAAGAGAAUAUUUUAUUGAUUACUUUUUGUAUAAAUUAUGAUUCUUAA